CCCAGCUUAAAGCCUGGGGGGUUUGCAAACCGGGUUCCGGGUAGCUAUUCUAGAGCCAAAAUAGAUCCCUUCAAAAGACAAGGGGGAGCAGGGCAAGGGGCUAUGAUGUGGCCAAAUUUUUUCCUCCAAGACGAGGAGCAGCGCAUGGGGGGGCGCACACGGGCAGGGGUCAAGCGGCGCAAGGUCCUGACGGAUGAGCAAGAGGGCAAGAUCAAGCUGGCCUUCUUCGUGGCCAUCGUGGGGAUGACCCUGACAGUGCUGGCCGUGGGCACAGAAUUCUGGGUGGAGCUCAACACCUACAAGCAGAACCAAUCCCUCGUCUGCGAGGCGGCCCACUAUGGCUUGUGGAAGUUUUGCCACAAGAAACUCUGGAUGGACGUUGUGGAAGAGGAGAGGGCUACCUGUGGACCCGCAGAGCUGCCUGGAGAAGCCAACUGUUCUUAUUUCAAAUUCUUCACUACUGGGGAGAAUGCUCACAUCUUCCAGAGGACUACUAAAAAAGAACUGAACAUCACGGCGGCCAUUGUGUCCCUCGUCAGCAUCACCCUAAUGGCCAUGGGGUCCCUCUGCAUCACGGUGGCUCUGAGCAAAGGGGUUGAAUUUCUCCUGAAACCAGCAUCUUGCUUCUUUAUCAUAUCAGGCAUUAUGGUGCUGGUAUGUCUGGAGGUUUUCCGGCACUCGGUUCGGUGGCUUAUCACCUCUGAUGAGACCAUCCCACUGGAGUACGAGUAUUCCUGGUCUGUGGCUUGUGCAGUGGCGGCUGGGGCUAUCCUGAUCUUUGGCGGAGGCUGCUUUAUCCUUUUGUCCAUCCCUGGCUUGCCCAAAAAGCCCUGGGAAUACUGCAUGAAAAGCCGCAGCAGCAGCAGCAACGCUUCCUAAAAACCGUACGGGAGAGAAUCCCAAAGUCUCUCUUUCUCUCAUUCUGCCAACAAACACAAUCACACACACACACACACACACACACACACACACAAUAUAUCUCUCACACAAAUGAACAAACAUACAUAUACCUCCACCCACCCCUAGGGGGCAGAAAGAACCGACCUUCUCCCUCCUACAUGCCUGCCCUCUUUCUCCAUCCUCUGGACUCUGUUUUCUCCCUUCCCUGUUUUGUGACUUGUAAAUAGAACCUCUAGUGCUUGUUUUGUUUUAGAUUGGCGGGGGGGGGGGGCGGCAAUGAGGAAAGGGCUCUGCUUGUGAAUGAGGGGACAGCUGUGCUAAUGAACUGAGAAAUUACGAGGGGAGGGAGGAUAAAGGGCUGUAUUUUAAACCCGGUUUUUAUAAAUGGCUAUUUAUAGCUCAAUGGA